UCAUCAAUUGAACACGAAAAAUUACGGUUCUCUAUUUUAAGCCGGAUUUCCAUUGAAAUACAUUGAAAUAAUACUCAAAAACAGGCCAAAAAAGGAAUUUAAGCAUUUACGAAGCAAAAUUCAAUCAUGGAUUACGAUUACGAGCCAACAGUCACCCCCUUUCCGGGUUUCAAUGCAAGUGAAGAUGCUUCGGUGUUACGUGGCGCCAUGAAAGGCUUUGGUACCGACGAACAAACCAUUAUUGAUUUGUUGUGUUCGCGUUCUAAUGAGCAGCGGCAAGCCAUUAAGGAGGCAUUUAAAAAUGAAUUAGGACGAGAUGUUAUCGAUGACUUGAAAAGUGAGCUCGGAGGAAAGUUCGAGGAUGUUAUUGUGGCUUUGAUGCUCACGCCGGAUGAGUAUUUGUGCAAGCAGUUGCAUAAAGCAAUGGAAGGCAUGGGAACUGACGAAUCAACGAUCAUCGAGAUCCUCUGUCCCAAGAGCAACGAAGAAAUCCACACUUUGGUCGCAAAAUACGAGGAAAUGUACGAUCGCCCGCUCGCCGAGCACUUGUGCAGCGAAGUCGGUGGCCAUUUUCGUCGUUUAAUGACCAUGAUAAUCGUGGGAGAUCGCGAUGCGGCAGGUAGUGUCGAUCCGGAGAAAGCUCGCGAACAGGCGGAAUCGUUGUACGAAGCCGGUGAGGGAAAACUCGGCACCGACGAGGAAGUCUUUAAUCGCGUUUUUGCUCACGCCUCUUUCGCACAACUUCGCUUGGUCUUCGAGGAAUACAAAAAUAUCACGGGUCGCACUAUCGAGCAAGCAUUAAAUGACGAAGUUGGCGGAGAUUUGGCGGAAGCAUUGAACGCCAUUGUCGAGUGCGUACAAUCGCCUCCGGCUUUCUUCGCGAAUCGCUUGCACAAAGCCAUGGCAGGUGCAGGCACGGAUGACGUCACAUUGAUUCGUAUCAUUGUUGCACGUGCCGAAAUUGACUUGGGCACCAUUAAGAAGGAAUAUGAACGCAUUUACAACAAGACUCUCUAUAGUGCUGUCUGUAACGAGACAUCCGGUGACUACAAGAAGGCACUUUGCGCUCUUCUCGGCGAAUAAAUCGACUAAAAAACGAUGCUACACUAACCCAUCGGUAGUAGAAACAACUGUAGUGACUGCUUACCGCAUUUAUAAUCCACUUUUACUCGAAUACACAACCAAAUUUGAUCGAUGUUACUGAAUGGAUGCCUUGGAACGCCUUAAUUUUAAAUAUAUUCGACGUUAUUUAUGCAUUUUUAAUCUAUUUGAGCACAAAAAGUGUCGUUUUUAACUAAUUUAAGGAGAUAACUGUUGAUAUUUAAUUCGAAUUUCACAAUUUUCAGUAUUCUAAGUUCUUUUUUUAUUGUUAAAUUCUAUAUUUUUACGAGUUUUGCAGCUAUGUGCAACGUGUUAAUGCAAUAAAAUUGAUAUACGAGUGUC